UUCUUCAUCCCAAAACACGAAAUUUGCUACUCUUUUUACAUUGCUUCUACUCGUCUCUCAGCUCUCCUCUCUUUGCUAGUGUCUAUACAAUUUUUAUUUCCAACUUAUGAGCACUAUAAAAUUGGUCGAAGAAGAUGAAAUCAGUCACAAUCUCCAAGGAAAUUGUUCGAAGACGAUAAAAUUGGUUGAUUUGAUCCCUAAUUUGGGGUUAUCAUCUUUCUGGGAGUCUUUUCGUUGAAACAAUUUGUUCCUUCCAUAGUUGAUUCACUGUUUGUCAUUGAUAGCCAACAUACAUAGCUGCAAACCAGGUGUUCGACGAAAUGCCUGAACGAUGGUCUCAUUGAUUGCACCUUCUUUUACAGUUUGUCGUCAAUCCGUCUCAUAUUUGAACUCACCAAGUUGUUUCCCCGUCGUUUUUGUCAUUAACCCAUUAAAAUUGGAACACCCACUUCGCUCAAAGAGUAAGCAAUUGAAGCAGAGGAAUUAGUUGAAUCAGUUUUUGUUUGAUUUUUCUGGGUUUUGUGGGGUUGUGAGAAAGUAUAGGAAUUGGGAAGGUGAAGAAAGUCAUCCUACUUUGGAGCUUGAAGUUUUGGAAUUCAUGAAAAAAACCACCUGUAUGCACUUUUUUUUUUUUUUUUUCUUUUUUGGUAUUUUUGAAUUUUUGAUUGAAUUUCAUUUUGGAAUUUAUUUUUCUAAUUUUUAAAUUUAUUUAACUAAAAUAUGAUUAACAGUUGAUUAGGAUAUGAUUAGUAAUUAAUUGGUCGGAAUAUAGGCCAAGGUAGUAAUUGACAACAAUAACUAAAAAACUAGUAGUAAUUUGCAAUUUUUGACAAGGUAGGUAGUAAUUUGCAAAGUUGCUAAAAAGCUAUGUACUAAUUGUCUAAUUGGCAAAGUUUCCAAAUAAAAAAGGCUCUAAAUUAUUCACGUGGAUUGGACUCUAACGGCCCAUUCCCACUAAAAAUGAUCUUAAUUCUUAAAGCAAAAUCUUUUUCUGCAAUCCAAAGUUCAUAAUCUCCUGAAUCCUCGAUACAAACAACGAAUUCAUCAUCAAAAGAUGGCGAGAGUUUUAAGUUCAUUCAGACAAUCACCAUUCACUUGAUCUUGGACCAACAAUAUGGAGCCUUGAAACAGAAUGUCUUACUUGCAGGUAGGGGUGAGCAAGUUGCAGGGAAAGGGAGAAAAAGGCCUGGAAAAAAAAAAACAAUGAUACGGAUUACUGAAGAUGCAAAAACAGACCUCUAGCUCCCAGUGCUGUUGUGGUGGCAUGAAUUAGCCAUGAGUUCCCACCAGAAAUGAUAGCAUCCUAGUGGGUAGUUGGUCAUUUCCCUUGCCUCUCUUUUUGUGACACAUACCAUCUCCUUCAUUCUCAAUUUUCUGGAAAUAAUGGCCUUAGAAUUUGUUUCUGGGUUCGUCGUAUCAUCACUACUGCAGGAGUUGGUGGACAAGAUCAAAGCUUCAGCUGCGGAUACAAUUGCUCUUGCAUAUUCUUCUGAUGUGGAGGAAGAGCUUAAAAACCUCGAGGCGACUUACAUAAAAGCUCAGUCCUUGCUUGAUAAUGUAGAUGGCUGGGACCUGGUAUCAAGCAAGCUACACCAGGACUGGGUGGCUGAUAUUAGGAGAGCUUGCUAUGAGACUGAAGAUUUUACUGAAUGUCUCAAACUUGAGUUUUAUCAGAAGGGGGAUGCUGGAUUUUUAAGGUCUUACUGGACAAAAUGGGGUUUGUCUUCUAAAAUCCGUGAUCUGCAAAGGAAUCUGAAUUCUUUAACAAAUAUAUCAGAUCAGUUUACUGCAAGAAGCCAUGGAGUCAGUAAUGAGAGAUAUCUCGCUGUGGUCAAAGAGCCGAUGAUUGUACCUGAUGAUGAAAGCUUCCGAAGAAAGCAAGAUAAAGAAAAUAUUAUCCAACUGCUUCUGCAUUCGUGCAGCAGCAGUGCAGUUAUUAUAACAGGGAUGUUUGGGGUGGGGAAAACUACGCUAGCUCAUGUGAUCAAGAAUGAUUCAAGAAUCCAUCAUUAUUUUGAUCACAGAUUAUGGGUCUCUGUAUCAGGGGAUUUUAAUAUGAUGAAGGUUUUGGGUUCGAUGCUCCUAGACCUGCAGCUUGAGCAAAUCCAAGAUGUCAACUCAAUUCCCUCUCCUGCAUUCCCUGAGCAGCAAUAUGCACGGUUGUUUCAGAGGUUGUGCAAGGAAAGAAAGGUUCUCAUCGUGCUGGACGACUUGUGCAAUUUCGGGAAGCCUCAAGAUUGGGAAGAUUUCCAAUCUCUGCUCCUCGAUCCAUCCUGUGUGUUUGGCAUUCUCAUUACCACGCGCAACCCAAAGGUUGCCACUACAAUUACUUCUCUUAGCAGCAUCUCCACUGCUUCCUACUACUUGCAACAAAUGUCUGAUGAAGAUUGUGGUUUGAUCCUGCAAAAAAAGGCAGUUUUAGCUGCUUUCAACAAGCGAACACGUUGUGGGAGAAGUAUGUCAGAGGCGAUUGCAGUUCAGAUAGCAGAGAAAUUUUGCAAGGGCUUGCCAUUGAUAGCAAAUAUCAUUGCACACCAGUUCUCCUUGAAACAAGACCAUAGUUGGCCUAUUAUUGAAGACUUGUGGAUCAUGCCAGAAUUCAGAGAUCUAAUCUUUCCAACUUUAAGAUUGAAUUAUUCUGAUCUUUCAUUCUUUCUGAAAAAUUGUUACCCUUACUUUUCUCUCUUCCCUGAAGAGUACGAUUAUAAGAAGGAUGAUUUGAUCCGCUUAUGGUUGGCAGAGGGUUAUGUCAAACCUCAAGUUGCAGGGUUCCAGUAUUCAGAUUGCUCAGAGUAUUCAAUCUUGGAAGAACUUGGAAAUUAUUUCUUCGAAAAUGUAUUGUCCCAAUCUAUCCUUCAAAUAUACCACCCAUUUGACCAAGAUCCACCGAUGUACAGAAUGCAUGAGUUUGUCCACCGUUAUGCUCAGCUUAUAGGCUCCGACAUGUAUCUUCAGCUAGAUGAACAGUUUGUUGGUGCUUUUUCAUUCUGCAACGUCAAAGGUGGUUCAAGUUCUGCAAUGACUCCUGCAAGUUUCACUGCUCGAUAUAGAAAUUCUCGACAUCUUUCUUUACUUGGUUCAAGUAUUCCGACACCAAUAUGGAAGGAUAUAGAAAGAUAUUCAGAGGGACUUAGGACAAUCCUUUCCCUGCGUGAGAACAUGAGUAUUGGCCAACUCAGUUAUACCCUUUUCCUCAAACUACAAUCUUUACGAGUACUCAACUUGAGUGGAACUGAUACUAAUGAGCUGCCAGAGUCAAUUGGAAAUUUGAAACACCUCAGGCUACUUGAUGUCUCCAAGACAGAUAUCCAAGAGUUUCCUGCAUCCACGAGUGACCUGAAUAUGUUACAGUUCCUCAAAGCUGAUCCAUGUCCUCUGCUUCUUCAAUUACCCAAAAAAAUAAAAAACUUGACUCAUCUACUACACCUCGAGGUUGACAUAAAGAGUUUGACUUCUAUGCCUCCUAACAUAGGGAAGCUGACUAAUCUCCGUACUCUUCCUGCGUUUAUUGUUGGUAAAAAAGAUGGGUAUCGAGUUACAGAGUUGAAGAACAUGAAGUACCUUCAGGGAUCAAUUUGUCUCACGAAUCUUGAAAAUGUAAGUUUUGAGGGAGAAGCAAUGGAAUCCGUGUUGAGAAACAAGCCAUUCCUUAGAAGGAUAGAGCUUGAAUGGAACAGAUACUCGGCCAAUCAAUCAAAAAAGAUACUCAGAGGCCUGAAACCCCAUGAGAAUUUAGAAGAGUUGCAAAUAACAGGAUAUGGUGGCGCUGAGUUUCCAAGUUGGAUUACUAGCCCAGUGUGUAACUUGACUAGCAUUCACUUGCUAAGAUGCGACCAAUGUAGCAUCUUGCCCACACUUGGGCAACUUCCACAACUCAAGACUCUUUUUAUUGAGGAAAUGCAUUUUGUAGAAAUCAUCGACCAUCGAUUUUCAGGUAUAGGUGGGUUUGGAGGAUUUCCAUCAUUGGAGUCACUGAAAUUUCAGGAUAUGAUGGCCCUUAAGAAGUGGGAAGGAUUGCAAGGGACUCAAAUGCCUAACCUUCGUGAACUUCACAUCACAGAUUGUCCAAACCUGAUCACCCUUCCUUCACUGCACUUGCUUUUUUCCUUGGUGAACUUGGAAAUAAGCUACUGUCCUGCAUUGCAGGCGCUGCCGGAGGAAGGCUUGCCCUUGUCAAUGGAAACAUUGAUUAUUGUAAGAAGUGAUUUGUUGAAGCAACGUUGCUUACCAGGAGAAGAUGACUGGGAUAAGAUCAAAGCUGUACGCAAGUGCAGGGAAUGCAACAAACGGAACUACAUUGUCAGCAACAGCAAUGAGCUGCUUGUCACUGUCCCUCCGAAAGUGAGAAUCAAUUAUUUUAACUCCAAUCAAUUCGAUUAAGCUGAGUGAUUCAAGUGAAGGUAGCUGACCUAAAGAUGGCAGGAGUUGACAGCUUGCACAUUUGAAGAGGGUAAUUUUUGUGAGUUUAACAAAAGAUGGGUUGCUAAUUGAUAUGGGAACAAUGUUGGUUAAGCAAUUUUAAAUAAACAAAGUUAGUUGCUGUUGUUUAACUUUUGGCGGGAAAAGUUGUUAGCCAUUUUUGUUUGUUAGUUCCCUUAAAAUGAGGAAGUUGGUUAGAGUUUGUUAGCUGAUUCAUUAUGACAGCUAUAUAUUAACAAACUUGUAAUUGUAUUUGACAAUUCAAUGAAUACAGACAACUUCAUCUCUAUCUCUCUC